AGAGGCUUCCCAUCUCAGCCGUGCACUUUCUGCUCUCCAUGUCCCUGCGCUCAGUGUCUCUGCAGCGCUGCCAUGGACUCAAACACCACUCUCACCGAUAAACAACUUUCAGUGUGUUUCUAAUGUUUCUAAUGUUCGCAGUCAGGACGGCUCAGAGACGAAGCAGGGCAAACAGAGAGGAGAGUAAUAGCAGCUCGGCUGGAAAGUUACGAGGACUUCUGUGUAGCACCGGGACGGAUCCAACCAGCCCGACACCAGCUCUGUUUUUGGGAUCCCGGUUGGGGGUCGGUCACCUGCUGGCUUAGUCACAUCACCAUGGAAACGGUCAUCAGCAGCCCUGAAACACAAAACCAGUCGACAGUGUUCAUUGCAAUCUUCAACUCUAGCUGUCGCUUUGAUGAGGAGUUCAAAUACAUCUUGCUGCCUGUGUCCUACAGUGUGGUGUUCGUGUUUGGCUUCAUGCUCAACGCUACCGCUUUGUGGUUGUUCCUGAAGAUGCGUCCGUGGAACCCCAGCACGGUGUUCAUGUUCCACCUCGCACUGUCCGACUUCCUGUACGUCCUUUCCCUGCCCACCCUCAUCUAUUACUACGCCAACCGCAGUCACUGGCCCUUUGGAGUGGCCGCCUGCAAAAUAGUGCGCUUCCUCUUCUACGCCAACCUCUACUGCAGCAUCCUCUUACUCACCUGCAUCAGCGUGCACCGCUACCUGGGCAUCUGCCAUCCAAUCAAGGCGCUGACCCUGGUGAAGUCCCGCCAUGCCCACCUGGUGUGCGGCAUGGUGUGGGCUGUGGUGAGCGUGUGCCUGGUGCCUAACCUCAUCUUCGUCACCACCUCCAGGAGGGACAAUGACACCCUGUGCCAUGACACAACCAGCCAGGAGUUCUUCGAGGAGUACGUGGACUACAGCUCUGUUGUCAUGGUGCUCCUAUUCGGCGUCCCGUUCCUGGUUAUCGUGGUGUGUUACUGCUUGAUGGCGCGGGCACUGUGCCGGCCAAGAAGGGGAUUAUCUGCCAGCAAGCAGAGCGCCGCCUCACGUCAGAAGUCCAUCAAGCUCAUCAUCGUGGUGUUGGUGGUGUUUGCAGUGAGCUUCGUCCCGUUUCACAUCACGCGGACGCUUUACUACACGUCCCGUGUGUUAAAUCUUCACUGUGAGUUUCUCAACAUUGUCAACUUUACUUACAAGAUCACGAGGCCGCUGGCGAGCAUCAACAGCUGUAUUGACCCAAUUCUGUAUUUCCUGGCCGGGGAUCACUACCGGUCCAAGAUGAUGUCUGUACUGACAGGAAACAGACAGAUGACAAGCAGUCAAAUACCUGAGCAGCCACAAACACAGCCGAACAAUAACCAAGGCAUCGCUCUGCACUAUAAGAACCCAGCCCUUAAUGCCAGUGGAGAUUUGGAGAGAUAGUGGGAAAAUGUAAAGUAUUAAACAUGUAUUAAAUGUUAUGUAUUAAGUAUUCCUGUUAUUGCACUGAGAGGUUUGGAAGAGAAGCAGUUUACUGUAACAUUAACUUACAGUAUUUACCUUCACUCCAUCUAACUUCUGUAAUAAUGACUGUAACAGACUGUGUUUCAGCUCCCCUCACUUUCUUGAGGUUAUUAUGUUUGUAAAAUGAAGUUAAGUCAGUAAAAAAUAAUCUGUACCCUUUCCUCAGCAUACAGUCUCCUGCCACAAAUUGAUUAUUACACCAAACUCAAGUUAUGAUUGACAGUGUUUGUGCUGCUGUACACUGUUCCUCUUUGUGGGGAAAGAUGUUGCCUAUACAGAGGAAAAGUUUUACUAUCAAAUUACAGGAAGAGAAACUGAAACAUUUGGUUAAGAGAGUUUGACACCAGUGGUCACAGGUGAACUAAAGAGAAGUUCAUCCCAAAAUCAAAAAUACAUAUUUUCUCUUACUUGUAGUCCUGUUUAUCAGUCCAGAUUGUUUUGCUGUGAGUUGCAGAGUGUUGGAGAUAAGGGACAUAGACAUGUCUGCCUUCUCUCUAAUAUAAUGGAAAUAGCAGCUAGUUCUCAUUCCUAGGGCAUCAAAUGUGACAUCCAUACUGAAAGCAGCCUUCGGCAUUAAUAUGAGAUGCAGCGGCCAGUGUAAACCCAUCCAUGGCAAUAGUUAAGAGCAACUGAUGUAGCAUAAACAGUGAUCCCAUGGUCAUGGAAAACCCGGACAAGUCAUGAUUUUGUGAUUGGUUUAUUGUUACAGUAAUCAUCCGGGGAUAACCUCUCGCAUAAUGUAACAUAAUGACACAUUUAUUUUGCGCAAGUUAGCCGUUGACAUAACGUAGCUCUAAUAUGCGUCAGCUUAGGGCUGCACAAUAUAUCCUUACAGCAUCGACAUUGGAUGUGCAAUGUCACGUGACCAAAGUAACCCAAAAAACUUGCACAGUUCUCAUUUUCCAUGGCUUACACCAGUCAAACCCUCUGCUAUAAGUUGUUACAUGUACUGUAUGUGUGACAGUAUAAGUGUAUGUAUAACGGCUGCCAUUGUUAUGGGAAGCGACGCUCUUCUGCAUGCUUGUGUAUAGAAAAGUACCAUAACCAACGUGGCAAGUGCAGCAGACACAGUGAGGUACAUGUUUUUUUGAAAUGCAAAUUUCAAUAUGGGUCUUUGAAAAGUCAUGAAAAAGUUUUGUCAUUGUGUCCAUGAAAAUGUGUGGGAACCCUGUAUAAAGACUGAUAAAGUCCAGGCAGGGUGGGAGGAAGGGGAGGUGGAUGGCUCAAACAAAACCGGACCCUCACCCGGGGCAACCACAGUUUGUUUACAGUGUGAAAUCAAAAGUCAACGUUGCUUUCAUGUAAUGUUAGGCAACUUAAAAACAGUCGUCACGCACUGACAUCACUUGUGACAUAUUUACGUGACAUUACGUACUUAUAUUAACCCAAAACAUGUUUUUUUUUUCUAAAAUUAACCAAGUAUUUUUGUUGCCUAAACCUUACUCAUGACCCUUUUCACAACAUUAACCUUGAGUUGCGAUGUGCUUCAGCUCUGUGGCCUUCCUGUCACUAUGAGACGCAGAUGAGACAUGACAAUUCGACGGUAUUUGACCAUUUUGGAUGAGAAUGUGUUGGAACUAUAUGCUAAAAGUGGUUUCCUCCUACCGAACUAUACACACCAAUCAUAUCACUGUGCACAGGGAAGUGUGCAUCUACUGCUAGCUCACCUAGCUUACUGAGCUAGCUAACAUUACAGCUCAGCUGAGGAGAACGUCUUUAUUGUUUUCAUCUCACACUUUCACGAGCAUCUUGUCUGUGAAUAAAUGCACGCUUCCCUCUGCGCGGUGAUAUUAUGCUCAUAACCCCGAAUACAGCUUGCAAUAUUUGAAUCUUUGGAAACAUCUGGAUUUUGACAGGAAUUUUAAAUAAUGCUGUGAGGGUUUGAACAAAAUUUGCCCACACCACAUGAGUUGUGACUGUGCUGCAACUAUUACUAAAAAUAAACUAUGAAUAAAGUGAUACAGCAUAUUCACUUAAAACUGAAUUUGUAACUCGAGACCAGAAUUCAACUAAACUACUUCAUUGGAACUAUCCUUCUUUCUGCAUGGUGAAAGAGUUAGCGGGUGUAGUCCGGUAGAAAGAAUAUAGUUCCUACAUGAAACUGCUCACAACAAAGUCUGUUGAUCUUCUUGAGUAACUGGGUCAUGAUUUCUGGAAAAUGACAUUAAUGUUGGGUUAAGCACCACAAGCCGAGUGCCAUCUAGUUCCAUUAUAUUAGAGAGAGGGCAGAUGUCUUUACGGCCAAUAUCGCCAACACUCGGCAACUCCCACUGAAACAAUCUAGAAUGAUAAAUAGCACCACAGGUGAGAAAGGGAAAAAUAUGGACUCUCGCAGUGUGCCUUUAAAGUAAAUCACGGAAGAGUCAGUCAGUGAGUUGUUAUCAUCAGUUGGACGCUUACUGAUCCAAAUAUUGAAGUUGAUGUCUGACUGAAGAUGACAGAGAGUCUGGCUAUUGUCUCAGAAAUGAGGCAAUAAUGAGGCAAUCCAUCCUGUUGUAUCAACAAUGUCUGUGUGUUACCCAGAAACUGCAGCUACAGUAAGUGCAGCUUCUGAUCCCAGCUGUUUUAGUCCUUCAGCUUUCACAGCUGUCUUUUGCUCAACUGUGGAGAGAAGCGGAGGGACCAGGCUGGACCAGACAUCUCUUUUCAAACCUCCCACGCCUCAUUUGAAGGAUAAGGGAUUUUCCUUUUGACUCGUUUACCUUUGGGAUUGAUACACGGAAUUUAAAGUCCUUUUUUCUAUCGGUAAUUUACGCUGAACUCCUAGAUGGUUUUACAAGAUGUGAAAGCAGCGUUGGAAAGUUUUACUUCAUGCUACAGAGUGGCCCUCCACCCUUGUUUUUAAUGUUGACGUAUAAACCACUGCUGCAGCAGUUGUAUUCUUACAGCUCUGUGCCACUUGGGUUUCUCAUGAUGUCAAGUGUGAGUGCUAUCUUUGGAGAUGUUUUUGUAAUUACAGUUCGAUGUGUAUCAUAAAGUGUUACAUCAUGA